CUUCUUCUCCUCUGUAUUUAGCAAAGUUCUGAGGUUUGGUUGCCUGUAGCUCAGAUUUUAAAGUCAAGAUCAUAAAUAAGGAACACAAACUAAAGUGGUAAGACAAUUUAACAAAAGAUGCUGGACUCUUUUCGGAGCUGGAAAAAACUUCAGAGGCUAUUCUUUUUACUUCACAGAUGAGGAAAUUUUGGAUAGUUACUAAGACGUGAGUAUAAGGGCAGCUAGCUGCUUCACACCCAGGCUCAAGCACUCAGCUCUAUGAUUCUAUGCAAGUCACUUAACUCUCUUUAAUUCAGUUUCCUUAACUGUAAAGUGAACUGGAGAGGAAAUGGCAAAUCACUCCAGUAUCUUUAGCAACAAAACCACAAGAGGGAUCACAAAGAGUUGGACACGAUAGAACAAAUUGUUAUGAUUACUGCUGCUGCUGUUAUUAUUAAAACUAUUACUACUACUAUCCAGCACUACCAACUCCAGGUUCUCUUCAUCUUGAGUCAAAUGCUCUUUCAAAUCCAUCUCUGCUACCUACUGUCCAAGCGAUUUGGGACACCGCACUCCAGUCACUCUUGGCUUCCCUUUCCUGAACCGUACAAUGAUGGGGGGCGAGGAGGGGGGGCUGUACUUAACUCCACAACAAGGCUGCUUCCAGACCCCAACCCUUCCAUUUCGUGACGUUGAAAGAACCAGGUCAGUGUAGUCGGAAGAAGCGGGAGCUCCUACUCCAACCUCAGUUCUUGCCAAGAGAUGCACCGCUUGAAUGCUAAGCUUUGAACAGCUGUGAAACGAGAGCAGCUGACAAAAUGCUAGGCUGGGGCUAUUGGGAAAAGGGAGUUUAUUUGAGAUGGUUGACGUGCCAAGAAAGGAGGGAGAAAAGCAGAACCUGACACUACUUUCCAAACCUAUCUUCGCGGUCACAAGAGUCUUUUGGAGUGCGGUGAAAUGGAUCAGCCCUGCCGGACACACCCUCCCUCUUGGGGAGGGAGCGGUUACCUAAACUCUGUUCAGUUUUCCUUUUUGGUUCCUCGCUGCCGAAAGCAGCCCACACGAACUUUCUUGAAAGGUAGGUAGUAAAAAGUUUUAAAACUCCAACAUUUAGAAAAGAAGCUAAAAAACGCGGUGCUUAUUGCACACACACUGGAUUGCAAUUUUCUCUCUCCAACAACUCUCUCCGACUUCAGGGAAUCAUCACAUUUCUUUGACUUUGUCACUCGCAAGUUGGAUGGGGGCGGUUCCUCUUGGACAGUAUUUGCCCCGCAGGAUUUAAACACUGAUCCACGAUUUUGUGCAUGAGGAUGAAUCUAAAAAGAAGCCGUAGAAAGCCGGGGGACUGUUGUUGUGGGCCAAGCACUAAUAUAGACCUGUGACAGGUUUAGGGUGGCCGCUGGCUGACUUCUUAACUCCAGAGCUGAAAGCGGCCUUGAAGGCCAUUUGACUCAACUCUCACUUUAGACAGCAGUCGGUGAGCAUUUAUUAGGCGCUUUCUAUAUGAUAAGCAGACAUUUUGAGGAUCACUGGAAAUAACAUAAGACGCUAUAUCAGUGCUAGCACAUAAAGGUGAAGUGAUUGAUAUCACACGAGUAACACGAACAAGCGCGGAGAUUCGAACCCAGGCCAAAGCCCUUUCUACUGUGUGUGUGUAUAUGUGUACGUGUGUGACAGAUCGUGCAGGACACGAUCACGCCGGGGCUCACUAGGCUAGGGCGUCUUCCAUUCAGUUCCAGUCCAAGUUUCGGAGGAAAGUUCCUCCCUCUGCGCUCGGCUCCUCCUACUUCACCUUAGGAACCGUCCGCCCUCGCAGCGCCGGGAAGGCGCAGCGGCUACCUGGAGUCCCGGGAGCCCAGGUGGCGGUGGUGGGGGGACCCAUCGAAGCGUCAGACGGUCCGAGGGGACUGAAAAGCGGGUCCCGGGCGAGCGGGGAAGGACGCGCCGGCGGCUGGAGGGUGGGACGGGACGUGCGCACACCUCGAAGCCGGCCGGGCAGGUUGCGGCCCCUCCUCUUCGGCUCUAGCCCCGAGCCGGGGGAGGAGGCGAGGGCAGGGCCUCUGGAGUGGGCGCGGCCCCGCAGCUGGCCUGACGCACCUCCCGAAAGUUCCUCUGGGGUGCCUCCAGCAGCCAACUUUCUUCUAGGAGUCCUACUGCUCCCGAGUGACCUCCCCAGAGUUGUGGCCCCUCCUCCCCGGCCCCCAGCCACAAGCCGGGGUCCCGGGCUUGCAGAGCGGCUUUUCCGUGGGGCUGCGGGAAGCAUCCGAUCUUGCCUCUUGCCGGUGAUUUCUGGGCUCCGCUAGCGGGGUCGGCAGCUCUGGAAGCCGCUGAGCCCCGAGCGUCCGCCGGCAGCCCCCGGAUCCCGUCACGCUCGUCCUUUCCUCCCGGCCCAAACUUUGCGAAGCCGCCGGACGCUCAGGGCUUACUUCUUCCAAAGUGUACGGGACGUUUCAGACAGGAAGGGAUCCUGCUGCUCCUGGUAUCUGCCGGAGGAGGAGGGGCGCUGGCACCUCCCCCCGUCCCCAUUCCCAGUCUUUGGAAGUUCUCUCCAGGGAAUAUCUGGCAGUUCAGACUGAUGAUCCAGAAAUCUCUUGAGGUGAACUGUGUGAUGGAGUGAAGCCAGCAAAUACAACUCAGAUACAGAUUGACUGCUUUUCUGAGAGAAAACAAUUACUGGUGUGGAGUUAUUCUCAGGAGUGGAGGAGUUAUGUGAACAAAGGAAGGUUUCUGCAAGUGACAAAUGUGGAGAGACGUCUCUUCCAAUGUGACACUUGAAUCUCAGCAAUGACACUCCAAGUUUUCACCGAAAAUUAAAUAUGACUUAGGAACAUUGAACCUUGGGAAGGUUGAUGAUGUCAUCGGUUGCCAGGGGCAGCAAAAUCCAGCAGGCUGUCAGCCUGCAGGGAGUUGACCCAGAAACAUGCAUGAUAGUAUUUAAAAAUCACUGGGCACAGGUUGUGAAAAUCUUGGAGAAACACGACCCUUUGAAAAAUGCCCAGGCAAAAUACGGCUCCAUCCCUCCAGACGAGGCCAGUGCCGUCCAGAAUUAUGUGGAACAUAUGCUUUUCCUGCUGAUUGAAGAGCAGGCUAAGGACGCUGCCAUGGGCCCCAUUCUGGAGUUUGUGGUCUCAGAGAACAUCAUGGAGAAGCUCUUCCUUUGGAGCUUGAGGCGAGAGUUCACUGAUGAAACAAAGAUCGAGCAGCUGAAGAUGUACGAGAUGCUGGUGACCCAGUCCCACCAGCCGCUGCUGCACCACAAACCCAUCUUGAAGCCUCUGAUGAUGCUGCUGAGCUCUUGUUCUGGGACGGCCACGCCGGCCGUCGAGGGGGAACUGGUUGUGCUGCUCAAUCAGCUCUGCUGCAUCCUAGCCAAAGACCCGUCCAUUUUGGAACUCUUUUUCCACACCAGUGAGGAUCAAGGAGCUGCCAACUUCCUCAUUUUCUCCCUCCUCAUCCCCUUCAUUCAUCGGGAGGGAACGGUGGGCCAGCAGGCGCGAGAUGCCCUCCUUUUCAUCAUGGCCCUCUCAGCCGAGAACAGCGUGGUAGCCAACCACAUCGUGGAGAACACCUACUUCUGUCCGGUGCUAGCCACGGGAUUAAGUGGUCUCUACUCUUCUUUGCCCACGAAACUAGAAGAGAAAGGUGAUGAAUGGCAUUGCCUUCUGAAGGAUGACUGGUUACUUCUGCCUUCUCUGGUCCAGUUCAUGAAUUCCCUGGAGUUUUGCAAUGCAGUCAUACAGGUUGCACAUCCCCUGAUUCGUAACCAGCUUGUCAACUACAUUUAUAAUGGAUUCUUAGUACCAGUGUUGGCUCCUGCUCUCCAUAAGGUGACCGUGGAGGAGGUGAUGACCACGACGGCGUACCUCGACCUCUUCCUGCGCAGCGUCUCCGAGCCCGCGCUCCUGGAGAUCUUCCUUCGCUUUAUCCUCCUGCAUCGACACGAAAACGUCCACAUCCUGGAUACGCUGACGAGUCGGAUCAACACUCCAUUUAGGCUGUGUGUGGUAUCCCUGGCGUUGUUCAGAACCCUCAUUGGCUUACAUUGCGAAGAUGUGAUGUUGCAGCUGGUUCUAAGGUACCUAAUCCCAUGCAACCACAUGAUGAUGAGUCAAAGGUGGGCAGUGAAAGAGAGAGAUUGCUAUUCUGUUUCUGCUGCUAAGCUGCUUGCUCUGACCCCCGUGUGCUGCUCCAGUGGGAUCACCCUGACUCUUGGGAAUCAGGAAAGGGACUACAUCCUUUGGUCCAAGUUCAUGCACAAUGACUCAGGUGCUGGUGAGCAGGCCCCUCCUGGGGAAGUGUCCCCAUCGGCCUGCAUCGUGGAGUAUGGCAAAGCGUUGGACAUAAGCUACCUUCAGUACCUUUGGGAGGCCCAUCAUAACAUCAGCCACUGCAUGAAGGACUGCCGGGUCUGGUCUGCUCUGUAUGAUGGAGAGUCCCCUGAUCCCGAGACCUUUCUGUCCAGCCUGAAGGAGGAGAACAAUAAAAGCGGGGUCUACCCCCUGCUGAAGGCUCAGCAGCCGCCCCCCGGUUGUCCCCUUCCUCAGCUCACGCACAAGAAGGAGAGGAGCCAGACCGAGUUGGAGUGGGAUGACAGCUAUGACACGGGAAUGUCCGCCCAGGCCGGAGGAAGCCCCUCUCGGGACCCGGAGAGCCCGGCCCCUCCGGUCCCCAUCGAGCCCCCCAAGCACAUCCAGGAGCUGAAGAAGAACGCCAUCAUGCUGUUCAAAGGCUCCUACAUUGAGGAAUCCGACUUUCAGGAUGACGUUAUGGUUUACCGGCUCUGCGCUGAGAAGGACGCCCAGGACGGCCACAGGGCAGAGGGGGAGCCUCCGAAGUCCUCAGAGACCCCCCUGAACAACGGGCCCCUCGAGGAGUCCCAGCUGCAGAUGGAUUCUGAGGAAGAACAAAAUAGGAUGGACUCGAGCGAGGAACCCGAGCAGGAAUCCCACCAGGACCCUUCCACGGCGACCGCUUCGUCCAUCUCCGAGUCAGCCUGUGAUGACCCACCCGAGGCAGACUGCGGUUCUGGUGUCAUGGCGGCCAGCCCGGAUGGGGACGAUUUCAUUACCCAGUAUGAGAAAAUCAUCAAAGAACUGGACUCUGGCUCGGAGGGCUUGAUGGAAGAAAAUUUCCCCCUUCCUGCUCCCUCGCCUCCUUUGCUAGAGGAGGAAGGAGAGAAAAAGGAAGAAGAAGAAACAAGUGAGACAGAGGAAAGACAGGAGGAAGAGGAAGAGGAAGAUGACUUUGAGCAUUUUGUAGCUGAGGCUCCUUCGAUAGAAAGCUUGCCUUCCCCAUUUGGGACGAAAGAGCAGACUCCCUUUCCCAGUCGACACGUGAGGACGCAAGGGGCCCCCUUUACAGGACCAUUUAUCAGCGUGGUGCUGUCGAAAUUGGAGAACAUGCUGGAGAACUCCUUGCAUGUUAAUUUGCUGCUUAUCGGGAUCAUUACUCAGCUAGCCAGCUAUCCCCAGCCCCUCCUCCGCUCUUUCUUGCUCAAUACCAACAUGGUCUUUCAGCCCAGUGUUCGAUCCUUGUAUCAGGUCCUCGCAUCUGUGAAAAACAAAAUCGAGCAGUUUGCCUCCAUAGAGAGAGAUUUCCCAGGCCUUCUUAUACAAGCCCAGCAGUACCUGCUUUUCCGAGUGGACAUGUCUGCCAUGACCAACGAGGAAAUAACCAAAGAUCACAAUCAGGACUCCUACUCAACAGCAAGUGGAAGGAACCUUUUGGAUAGUCCCUCGAGGAUGCUUCAGUCUUUCCUACCUAACAGAGGGAAGACACCGGGGACCUUUCCUAGCAUCCCUUUGCCUGUGAGGAACACCAUGCUAGCUGCUGCCCUUUUCCCGGAGUUUCUGAAAGAACUGGCAGCUUUGGCCCAGGAGCAUUCAAUUCUGUGCUACAAAAUCCUGGGGGAUUUUGAGGAAUCUUAUUGUUAGCACUUCUUAAAAAACAAAACAAAACAGAAAACCAACAAACAAAAAAACAAGUUUGAGCAGGUUCAAAAAAAAAAAAAGGUUUUAGUGUUUUGACCGAUUUUUAAAUACAAAGCUGCUUAUAAAAAUUUCUACUUUGAUAUUUCCUGACAAUACUUGAUCUGGGAGGGGAAUAAUCUCUAUAUAUUCUCUCUCCUCACUGGGCCUUAUGAUCCUAUGCUUUGUUGAACUUAUGUCUCAUAAGGUGAUGGGUUGCAAGAGGCCUUCUCAUUGCUCCGCUUCUCCCCCCAAUUUUUCCUUGUCACCCCUUUCUUUCUCCUCUCUUGGGUCUUUCAGCUGAGUAUGCAUCUGGUCUCCACUUGGACAGAUAUUUAUUUGGGGCUGCCCUGGGAGUCCCAGGCAGGCUUCCCUCCUUUGGAAUCCCUCAUCACCAGGCCACCUUGACUUGUUGGUUGCCUUAAUGUGGGAAAUGAUUCCCAAUGGAACGUCCCUGAGACUUAGCAGACUGCUCCUGGGGCCUUCUGUCCAAAUCCUCAGGUCCUUUAGAAGGAAGAAUGGAAAGAAAUGGAACCCCUGGGCCUUCCUUGCAUCAUACUGAAAUCCAGCAUCUCCUUGGAUAUUUUAAACCCAGGAUUUACUGAAAAACAAGUGUGCUAUUCAAUUUAUUUCGCCUUAGAGUGUGGGAAGCCUCCAGCUCACAGCUGGCCUCUAGGAAAUUCAGAUGCACAAGGAGUGCAUGGAAUUUUCCCAUUGUGCUGUGAGCCAGACUUAGUUUCAUCAGCCUCCCCUUGCUCCCUAAAGGCAGAAGCGAGCCUUAUCUGGUGAGAUUUGCACAAAAUAAAAUAUUCCUAUGCAAGCAGCAA